AUGGACAAGAGAAACAAAAUGCAAGCGGAGAAGCACCUCACGGGAACGCUGAUCCUCUCCGUCUUCACUGCAGUGCUGGGCUUCUUCCAGUAUGGUUACAGCCUGGGUGUCAUUAAUGCCCCCCAGAAGGUGAUUGAAGCCCACUACAGGCGUGUGCUGGGCAUCACCCCCCUGGACAGAUAUGCCCCAAAUGCCUCUGAGGAGGAUGGCACCAGCACCAUGGCACCCUGGUUUGGCACCGAAGGCACCCUGGCACCCCUGGAUGACAGUGCUGAGGACCUUGCCACCUCUUCACACAUCCUCACCAUGUACUGGUCCCUCUCUGUCUCCGUGUUUGCCAUCGGUGGCAUGGUCUCCUCCUUCACCGUGGGGUGGAUCGGCGACCGGCUGGGGAGGGUGAAAGCCAUGCUGGUGGUCAACGUCCUCUCCAUCACUGGGAACCUCCUGAUGGGGCUGUCAAAAUUUGGGCCGUCUCACAUCCUCAUCAUCGCCGGGAGAGCAGUCACAGGGCUGUACUGUGGGCUCUCCUCUGGACUCGUGCCCAUGUACGUCAGUGAGGUCUCUCCCACGGCCCUUCGAGGAGCGCUGGGGACACUGCACCAGCUUGCUAUCGUCACAGGUAUCCUCAUCAGCCAGGUCCUUGGACUAGACUUUCUUCUGGGCAACGAUGAGAUGUGGCCCCUGCUCCUGGGUCUGUCUGGUGUGGCUGCUCUCCUGCAGUUCUUCCUGCUCUUGCUGUGCCCUGAGAGCCCUCGAUACCUUUACAUCAAACUGGGGAAGGUGGAGGAAGCUAAAAAAAGUUUGAAAAGGCUCAGAGGAAACUGUGACCCGAUGAAAGAGAUUGCUGAGAUGGAAAAGGAAAAGCAGGAAGCUGCUAGUGAGAAGAAAGUCUCCAUAAAGCAGCUUUUCACCUCUUCCAAGUACAGGCAGGCUGUCGUUGUGGCACUGAUGGUGCAGAUCUCUCAGCAGUUCUCAGGAAUCAACGCGAUCUUUUACUACUCCACAAACAUUUUUGAGAGAGCUGGAGUUGGCCAACCAGUUUAUGCAACCAUCGGCGUUGGAGUGGUGAACACAAUCUUCACUGUUAUCUCUGUCUUUCUGGUGGAGAAAGCAGGCAGGAGAUCCCUGUUCCUGGCUGGUUUGAUGGGUAUGCUGGUGAGCACCGUGGCCAUGACUGUUGGACUUUUGCUCCUGAAACAGUUUGCCUGGAUGAGCUACGUCAGCAUGGUCGCCAUCUUCCUCUUCGUCAUCUUCUUCGAAGUGGGGCCAGGGCCCAUCCCCUGGUUUAUCGUGGCCGAGCUGUUCAGCCAGGGCCCUCGCCCUGCCGCCAUCGCCGUCGCCGGCUUCUGCAACUGGACCUGCAACUUCAUCGUGGGGAUGUGCUUCCAGUACCUCACGGAUCUGUGUGGCCCCUACGUCUUCGUCAUCUUCGCAGCCCUGCUCCUGGUCUUCUUCCUGUUUGCGUACUUCAGGGUCCCGGAGACGAAAGGAAAGUCCUUUGAGGAGAUCGCAGCUGCGUUCCGCCGCAAGAAGCUCCCGGCCAAAACCAUGACUGAGCUGCAAGACCUGCGGCGCAGCGAGCAGGCAUAG